AUGUCAAUUGGUAUUUCAUCAAAGGUUGCCAUCACGAAAGCCAAAGUGGAUUUCUCCAGUGUGGUGUGCCUGCCCCCUUCCGUCAUUGCUGUGAAUGGGCUGGACGGAGGAGGGGCUGGCGAAAAUGAUGAUGAACCAGUGUUGGUGUCCCUGUCUGCAGCACCCAGCCCUCAGAGCGAAGCUGUUGCCAAUGAACUGCAGGAGCUCUCCCUGCAGCCCGAGCUAACCCUUGGCCUCCACCCGGGAAGGAAUCCCAAUUUGCCUCCACUUAGUGAGCGAAAGAAUGUGCUGCAGUUGAAGCUCCAGCAGCGCCGGACCCGGGAGGAGUUGGUGAGCCAAGGGAUCAUGCCACCUUUGAAAAGUCCAGCUGCAUUUCAUGAGCAGAGACGGAGCUUGGAGCGGGCCAGGACAGAGGACUAUCUGAAGCGGAAGAUUCGUUCCCGGCCAGAGAGAUCGGAGCUGGUCAGGAUGCACAUUUUGGAAGAGACCUCGGCUGAGCCUUCACUCCAGGCCAAACAGCUGAAGCUGAAGCGGGCCAGGCUGGCCGAUGACCUCAAUGAGAAGAUCGCACAGAGACCCGGCCCAAUGGAGCUGGUGGAGAAGAACAUCCUGCCCGUGGAGACCAGCCUGAAGGAGGCCAUUAUUGUGGGCCAGGUGAACUACCCGAAGGUGGCAGACAGCUCUUCCUUUGACGAAGACAGCAGCGAUGCCUUAUCCCCGGAGCAGCCUGCCAGCCAUGAGUCCCAGGGCUCCGUGCCAUCCCCCCUGGAAGCCCGAGUCAGCGAGCCACUGCCCAGUGCCACCUCUGUGUCCCCACCUCAGGCUGUGUCUCAGCUGCCGAUGGGCCCUGAUUCUGGAGAAACCCUUUUCCUAGCAGAGCAGCCCCCUCCACCGCCCCCUCCUCACCUGGCUCCGAGCCUCACCAAUGGAACUGUCCCCACCGCCAAGCCCAUGCCGGCACUCAUCAAGCAAAGCCAAUCCAAAUCUGCUGGUGAGAAGUCACAGCGCAGCAAGAAGGCCAAGGAACUGAAGCCCAAAGUCAAGAAGCUCAAGUACCACCAGUACAUCCCCCCAGACCAAAAGCAGGACAAGGGCCCCCCGCCCAUGGAUUCCUCCUACGCCCGGAUUCUGCAGCAACAGCAGCUCUUCCUGCAGCUGCAGAUCCUCAACCAGCAGCAGCAGCAGCACUACAACUACCAGACCAUCCUGCCAGCCCCACCCAAGCCGACAGGGGAGACCCUGGGGUGCAGUGCAGCUCCUCCGGGACGCAGCCUUUCCACCAGCAGCAAUAGCUCCAGUGCAGGGGCCCCGGGGCCUGCAGGGCUGGCGCGCCAGAACAGCAUCUCACUGACGAGCAAGCCCGGCGCCCUGCCUGCCAACCUGGACGAGAUGAAGGUGGCAGAGCUGAAGCAGGAGCUGAAGUUGCGCUCACUGCCCGUCUCAGGCACCAAGACCGACCUGAUAGAGCGCUUGCGGGCCUACCACGACCAAGCCAGCUCCGCCCCGGGAGCCCCCAAGGCCCCCACCAGCACCGCCUCCAUCCUGCCCAAGGCCGGGGAGGUGGUGGUGGCCUUCCCGGCGGCUCGGCUGAGCACGGGGCCAGCCUUGGUGGCAGCAGGCCUAGCCCCUACCGAGGUGGUGGUGGCUACGGUGACCAGCAAUGGAGUGGUGAAGUUUGGCAGCACGGGCUCCACACCCCCUGUGUCUCCCACUCCCUCAGAGCGCUCCCUGCUUAGCACGGGUGAUGAGAAUUCCACACCCGGGGACACCUUUGGUGAGAUGGUGACAUCGCCGCUGACGCAGCUCACACUGCAGGCCUCGCCCCUGCAGAUCCUGGUGAAGGAGGAGGGCCCGCGGACUGGCACCUGCUGUCUGAGCCCGGGGGUGCGGACGGAGCCCGAGGGACUGGACAAGGACCAGAUGCUGCAGGAGAAGGACAAGCAGAUCGAGGAGCUGACACGCAUGCUCCGGCAGAAGCAGCAGUUGGUGGAGCGGCUGCGUCUGCAGCUGGAGCAGGAGAAGCGGGCCCAGCAGCCUGGUCUGAGCCCUGCCACCCUCGCCACUGCCACCACCACUGCCACUGUGAAGCAGGAGAGCAGCUUCACCAGCUGCCAGCUGAGCCAGCCAUCCCUGCGCCCCACACACCCAUGCAGCCCCGGCUUGGCAGAGCCCGCUGUCAGCCCGGCAGAUGCUGGUACCCUCGCCCUUGUGCCCCAGGCUGUGGUGGUAAAACAGGAAGCCGGGCUGCCCGAGCCCAUACCAGUGCCUGUGCCCCAGCUACUCCUGAGCCCAAGGAGCUCCAGCCUCCUCAAGGGGGUCACACCGCCCACCCUUGUCACCGACUCCACUGGGACCCACCUUGUGCUCACCAUGACCAAUUCCAGCACAGGCAGUCCUGGGGCCCUGCCCAGUGCGAGCCCCCCACAGCCUUUGUCUCAGCCUGGCUCUCCAGCCCCUGGCCCACCAGCCCAGAUGGACUUGGAGCCCCCACCACAGCCCCUCUUAGGGCCCCCAAUUUCUCUACUGAAGAAAGAGCCACCUGGCUAUGAUGAGGCCGUGAACCAGCAGCCCAAACAGCAGGAAAACAGCUCCUCGAGCCAGCAGAUGGAUGACCUGUUUGACAUUCUUAUUCAAAGUGGAGAAAUCCCCGCGGAUUUCAAGGAGCCGGGAAAGGAGAAGCCCCCCUCGCCCGCCGCCUCCAUGCUGGCUGCACAGCCCUCGCCCAGCGCUGAGCCCCCGCAGGCCGCCCCCGCGCCGUCCAGCUCGCCCGCCCUCCCCGGGCGCCUGGAGGACUUCCUGGAGAGCAGCACGGGGCUGCCACUGCUCACGGGUGGGCAUGAAGGCCCGGAGCCCCUCUCGCUCAUCGACGACCUCCACAGCCAGAUGCUCAGCAGCUCCGCCAUCCUGGACCACCCCCCUUCCCCCAUGGACACCUCAGAACUGCACUUUUCACCCGAGCCUAGCGGCCCUGUGGACCUGGCUGACGGGCACCUGGACAGCAUGGACUGGCUGGAGCUGUCGUCGGGCGGCCCCGUGCUCAGCCUGGCCCCCCUCGGCACCUCAGCCCCGAGCCUCUUCUCCACGGACUUCCUCGACGGCCAUGACCUGCAGCUCCACUGGGACUCCUGCUUGUAG